AUGGAGCCCGAAAGAGGUGGAUCCGGGAGAGGCACUGAUGGCCAGCAGCAAGUCCUUGAGAUGUCCGCCGUUGAUCUUCAUGGUGACGAGGAGAGAUCUAUGGACGAUGGACAGCGAGAGGAUGAGCCUGCACCUGUCAGCGCCGUGAGGGAGCGAGAAUCUAAGCUCGAGCUUUUCGAGAGCGACCCUCUUGUCGAUGCUGUCGGCGUAAGAAGGAUGGCUGGUGAGCAUCCCAUGAGUCCUCGUGACGGCGAUGAGAUGCACGUUCACCGAGGUUCCGACAGGAACAUGAAAGUAGCGAAGCUGGGUACACUGACCGGCGUGUACAUCCCGUGCGUUCAAAACAUCCUCGGAAUUAUCUUCUACAUUCGUCUCUCCUGGAUUGUAGGUAUUGCGGGAAUCGGGCAGAGCCUGGUGCUGGUUGCGCUGACGUGCCUCAGCACAGUGCUCACGGGCUUGUCCCUCUCUGCCAUUGCCACCAACGGCGCCAUGAAGGGAGGCGGGCCUUACUACCUGAUAGGGCGAGCGCUAGGGCCUGAGGUGGGAGUUAGCAUAGGGCUCUGCUUCUUCCUCGGCAAUGCAAUCGCGGGCUCCCUAUACAUUCUUGGUGCGGUCGAAACGCUGCUGGAUUGGCUGCCCCAAAUGUCCCUCUUUCCACCGGAGCAGGUGACGGUAAGCGUGAACGCAACGACCAACGCGACGGUGGAGCUGGCGUCAACGGCGGACAUGCAGGUGUAUGGAGUCAUCGUGACCGUUGCACUGUGCAUCGUGGUGCUGGGGGGCGUGCGCGUGGUCGUGCGCGUGGGGCCACUCUUCCUCAUCCCCUCCAUCCUCGCCAUCAUCUGCAUCUUCAUCGGAAUCAUCGUUGCUCCCCGCAGCGGCAGCCCAGAGGGGCUGACUGGGCUGAGCCUCAGCACGUUGUCAAGUAACUGGGGGUCGGACUAUCAGAAGACCAACGCCAACGGCAUCCCAGAUGAAUACGGCAACUUCAACUGGAGCUUCACUCAGCUGCUGGGUCUAUUCUACCCCGCGGUCACGGGCAUCAUGGCGGGCAGCAACCGAUCGGCGUCGCUCAAGGACACACAGAAGUCCAUUCCCAUCGGGACGCUGUGGGCCAUCGGCACCACCACGCUGCUCUACGUGUUUGCUGUCUUCAUGUUCGGCUCUGUGGCGCUCAGAGACCUGCUGCUCACUGACCGGCUGCUGACGGCCACACUAGCCUGGCCGUCCCCAGCAGUGGUGUACAUCGGCAUCAUCCUCUCCACCCUGGGCGCGGCCAUGCAGAACCUCAUGAGCGCGCCCCGUCUCCUCACAGCCAUCGCCAACGACGACAUCCUCCCCAUCCUGGACUGGUUCAAGACGGAGGACAACCAGGAGCCCUACCUCGCCACGCUCUGCACUCUCCUCAUCUGCGCCGGAUUCGUGUGCAUCGGAGAUGUGGACUAUGUCACGCCUGUUAUCACCAUGUUCUUCCUGCUGUGCUAUCUCGGGGUGAACCUCUCCUGCUUCCUGCUGGAUCUGCUGGACGCGCCGUCGUGGCGUCCGAGGUGGAAGUGGCAUCACACGCUCACCGCCCUCGCUGGCGCCGUCCUUUGCGUUACGAUCAUGUUCAUGAUAUCGUGGUUCUUCACACUGCUGUGCCUGCUGCUAGCGGUGCUCAUCUACUACUAUGUCAGUCUCAAGGGCAAGGCCGGCGACUGGGGCGACGGAUUCAAGUCCGCCUAUCUGCAGCUCGCCCUGCGCUCCCUCAAGUUCCUCGGAGCGAGUCAGGUGCAUCCCAAGAACUGGUACCCCAUCCCGCUCAUCUUCUGCAAGCCCUGGGGCAUUCUGCCACCCGACAUGCCGUGCCACCCCAAGCUGGCUGAUUUUGCCAACUGCAUGAAGAAGAAGGGGCGCGGAAUGACCAUCUUCGCCACCAUCCUCGAAGGCCGCUUCAGAGACCGAGCAGAAGACGCACGGUCAGCAAGUCACCUGCUGCUGAGCUACAUUGACUACAAGCGCUGCGAGGGGGUGGCCGAGGCCAUUGUUGCCGACUCCCUCAACGAGGGCUUCCGCAUCGCUGUGCAGACCAUGGGGCUGGCGAACCUCAAGCCCAACAUCGUGUGCAUGCGCUACCCUGAGAUCUGGCGCGAAGACAUUCAGAGGGACAUCCCGGGCACGUUUGUGAACAUAAUCAACGACUGCAACACGGCGAACAAGGCGUGUGUGAUUGUGAAGGGGCUGGACGAGUGGCCGGGCGAGUACCAGAAGCAGUACGGCACCAUCGACCUCUACUGGAUCGUGCGCGAUGGAGGCAUCAUGCUGCUGCUGUCCCAGCUGCUUCGGGCAAAAGAGAGCUUUGAGAACUGCAAGAUCCAGGUGUUCUGCAUUGCAGAGGAGGACACGGGAGCGGAGAACCUGAAGCUGGACGUGAGCAAGUUCCUGUACGACCUGCGCAUGCAGGCAGACGUCAUCGUCGUCACCAUGAAGGCCUGGGAGGACGUGGUGUCCGAUGCUGAGGGCGCUGAGGCAGAGCUCGCCCGACAAGGCGCCAUGGAGGCCUUCACUCGGGCGCGGCGCAACAUAGCCCAGAGAAUGAGCGAGGAUCCCGAGGCUGAGACACACCACUCGCUGCUGGACGAGAGCAAGGUGAAUAAGUUCCUCUACACCACAAUCAAGCUCAACUCCAUUAUACUGCGGUACUCUCGCAUGGCUGCUGUGGUGCUCGUCAGUCUCCCGCCGCCCCCUCAGAACCAUCCCCCUUAUUGCUACAUGGAGUACAUGGAUCUGCUUGUCAACAACAUUCCGCGCUUGCUUAUGGUCCGUGGUUACCGCCGGGAUGUGGUUACCAUCUUCACAUGA